GCUGGUACACAUUGACGCUGCUUUUGCACUUAAGUGCAUGAUGAUUGGUUAUGAAAGAAUGGAAUUUGUGAAACCACUGCUUUUGCUAGUCGAAACUACCAGGUUUGCGAUGUCACAGUGUCACAAUCCUCACCGUGUUCCGAAAUACUGCACCAUUGUCAUCCACAAAAUAUACAAGG